GACUCUCUGUGGCGACCAUGAGCAGCGACGGUGAGAUGGCAAUCUUCGGGCCAGCCUCCCAGUACCUCCGAAAAUCUGAACGGGAAAGGACGGAGGCGCAGGCUCGGCCUUUUGACAGCAAAACGGCCUGUUUUGUCAGUGAGGACAAGGAGGUGUACGUAAAAGCCACCAUCCAGGACAAGGCGGAUGGAAAAGUCAACGUCAAGACGGAAGACGACAGGACAUUGACCGUGCAGGAGGAUCAAGUAUUCCCCAUGAAUCCUCCCAAGUUCGACAAGAUCGAGGACAUGGUCAUGAUGACGCAUCUCCACGAGCCGGCCGUGCUCUUCAACUUGAAGGAGCGCUACGCCGCCUGGAUGAUCUACACGUACUCUGGUCUUUUCUGCGUGACCGUCAACCCUUACAAAUGGCUGCCGGUCUACAACCCAGAGGUGGUCCAGGCCUACCGAGGAAAGAAAAGGAUGGAAGUUCCGCCUCACAUCUUCGCCUUAUCCGAUAACGCCUACCAGUUCAUGCUGACAGAUCGUGAAAACCAGUCCAUCCUCAUCACCGGCGAAUCUGGCGCAGGAAAGACGGUCAACACCAAGCGAGUCAUUCAGUACUUUGCCACCAUCGCUGUGUCUGCGGACAAGAAGAAGGAGAACAACAGCAAAAUGAAGGGAACCCUGGAGGACCAGAUCAUCCAGGCCAACCCUCUGCUGGAAGCCUUUGGCAACGCCAAAACUGUGAGGAACGACAACUCUUCUCGCUUUGGUAAAUUCAUCCGAAUACACUUUGGCGCAACUGGCAAACUGGCAUCGGCAGAUAUCGAAACAUAUCUGUUGGAGAAGUCCAGAGUGUCCUUCCAGCUGGGCGCCGAGAGGAGCUAUCACAUCUUCUAUCAGCUGACCUGCAACAAGAAGCCCGAACUCAUCGACCUGCUUCUCAUCACCACCAACCCUUACGACUUUGCCUUCAUCAGCCACGGCGAGAUAAGCGUGAAAAGCAUAGAUGACGCUGAGGAGUUGAUGGCCACGGACGAGGCCUUCGACAUUCUGGGUUUCACCCUGGAUGAAAAAAUGUCCAUCUACAAGCUGACAGGAGCUGUGAUGCAUUACGGGAACAUGAAGUUCAAGCAGAAACAGCGAGAAGAACAGGCAGAACCGGAGGGCACUGAAGAGGCUGACAAGGCGGCAUAUCUAAUGGGUCUGAACUCUGCCGACCUUCUGAAGAAUCUCUGUUACCCGCGCGUGAAGGUGGGCAACGAGUACGUCACCAAGGGACAAAAUGUGCAGCAGGUCUACAACUCCAUUGGCGCAUUGGCGAAAUCUGUUUACGAGAAGAUGUUCCUGUGGAUGGUGCAGCGCAUCAACCAGCAGCUGGACACCAAGCAGCCCAGGCAACACUUUAUCGGCGUUCUCGACAUUGCUGGAUUUGAAAUCUUUGAUUUCAACAGCAUGGAACAGCUCUGCAUCAACUUCACCAAUGAGAAACUGCAGCAGUUUUUCAACCACCACAUGUUUGUGCUGGAGCAAGAAGAGUACAAGAAGGAAGGCAUCGACUGGGAGUUCAUCGACUUUGGCAUGGACCUGGCAGCCUGCAUUGAGCUCAUUGAGAAGCCAAUGGGCAUCUUCUCCAUUUUGGAAGAGGAGUGCAUGUUCCCAAAGUCAAGCGACGUAACCUUCAAGAACAAACUUUACGACCAACACCUGGGCAAGAACAGCUGCUUCCUGAAGCCCAAAGUGGUCAAGGGCAAGCCAGAAGCUCACUUUUCACUGAUGCAUUACGCCGGCAUGGUGGACUACAACAUCAGCGGCUGGCUGGAGAAGAACAAGGACCCGCUGAACGAAUCCGUAGUACAGCUGUACCAGAAGUCGUCAGUCAAGAUCCUCGCAAUGCUUUAUGUCACAUAUUCUGGAACAGAUGAUGCACCAGCUGGAGGAGGCAAGAAAGUGUCCAAGAAGAAGGGAGCAUCUUUCCAAACGGUGUCAGCGUUGUUCAGGGAGAAUCUCGGGAAGCUCAUGACGAACCUAAGGACCACUCAUCCUCACUUUGUGAGAUGCCUCAUUCCGAAUGAGACGAAAACUCCAGGCAUUAUGGAGAACCACCUGGUCCUCCACCAGCUACGCUGCAACGGUGUGCUGGAAGGCAUCCGCAUCUGUCGGAAAGGAUUUCCGAGCAGGAUUCUGUACGGAGACUUCAAGCAAAGAUACAGGAUCCUAAAUGCUAGUGCUGUUCCAGAAGGACAAUUCAUAGAUAACAAGAAAGCAGCAGAGAAACUUCUGGGCUCCAUUGACGUGGACCACACACAGUACAAGUUUGGGCACACAAAGGUGUUCUUUAAAGCUGGCCUCCUGGGAGCUCUGGAGGAAAUGAGGGAUGAACGGUUAGCUCAGGUUGUGAUGUCCACUCAGGCAAUGUGUCGUGGAUUUCUCAUCCGGCUGGAGUAUCAAGAGAUGAUGGCCAGGAAGGAGGCCAUUUACACCAUCCAGUACAAUUUCCGUUCCUUCGUGAAUGUCAAACACUGGCCGUGGAUGAAGCUGUACUUUAAACUCAAGCCACUGCUCAAGAGCGCAGAGGCCGAGAAGGAAAUGGCCCAAAUGAAAGUGGACUUCACAAAGCUCAAAGAAGAUUUGGCCAAGUCAGAAAACCGACGGCGGGAGAUUGAAGAAAAGAUGGUCUCAGUUGUGCAAGAACGUAACGAUCUUCUUCUCCAAGUCCAGGCGGAGUCUGACAACCUGCUGGAUGCUGAGGAACGCUGUGAGGGACUCAUCAAGAGCAAGAUCCAAUUGGAGGCCAAGCUGAAUGAAGUGAUGGAGAGACUGGAGGACGAGGAGGAGCUGAACGCCGAGCUAACGGCAAAGAAACGAAAGCUUGAAGAUGAGAGUUCCGAGCUGAAGAGGGACAUUGAUGACCUAGAACUGACCUUAGCCAAAUUGGAGAAGGAGAAACACGCCGUGGAAAACAAGGUGAAAAACCUGACAGAGGAGAUCAUGAGUCAGGAUGACACCAUUACAAAACUGGCCAAGGAGAAAAAAGCCCUGCAAGAAGCCCAUCAGCAAACACUGGAUGACCUGCAGGCCGAGGAGGAGAAGGUCAACAUCCUCAGCAAGACCAAAGCAAAGUUAGAGCAGCAGGUUGACGAGUUGGAAGGCGCGCUGGAACAGGAGAAGAAGAUCCGGGUGGACCAGGAAAGAGCCAAGAGGAGGUUGGAGGGUGACCUCAAACUCUCCCAGGAAUCGAUCAUGGAUCUGGAAAAUGAAAAACAGCAGCUGGAUGAGAAGCUGAGAAAGAAAGACUUUGAGGUGUCGCAGCUUCAGACAAAGGUGGAGAAUGAACAAGCUCUCGGGUCACAGCUGCAGAAAAAAAUCAAAGAGAUCCAGGCCCGAUGUGAAGAGCUGGAGGAGGAAAUGGAGGCUGAGCGUGCUGCUCGAGCCAAAGUGGAGAGGCAGAGGUCGGACAUGUCCCGGGAGCUGGAGGACAUCACUGAGAGACUGGAGGAGGCUGGAGCGUCCAUCGCCACUCAUGUGGAGGCUAACAAGAAACAAGAGGUUGAGUUCCUUAAACUGCGUAGAGAACUGGAGGAGCGGUCAAUGCAGCAUGAGGCCACGUCUGCCGCCCUGCGCAAGAAGCACGCAGACAGCGUAGCCGAGUUGGGGGAGCAGCUGGACAACAUCCAGAGGGUCCGACAGAAACUGGAGAAAGAGAAGAGUGAGCUGAAACUAGAGAUGGAUGACCUGUCCAGUAAUCUGGAGAGUGUGGCGAAAGCCAAGAUUAAUCUGGAGAAAAUGUGCCGCUCGCUUGAAGAUCAACUCAGCGAGGUCAAAGCUAAAGAGGAGGAGCAGCAGAGGCUGCUAAAUGACGUGUCCAGCCAAAACACUCGACUGCAGACAGAAAAUGUUGAAAUGUCCCGUCAGCUGGAGGAGAAAGCCGUGCUCCUGUCUCAUCUCACUCGGGGUAAGCAAGGAUUCCUCCAGCAGAUUGACGAGCUAAAGAGACUCAACGAAGAGGAGGUCAAGGCCAAGAACGCCCUGGCACACGUGUUGCAGUCCGCGCAACAUGACUGUGAGCUUCUGAGAGAGCAGUAUGAGGAGGAGCAGGAAGCCAAGGCCGAGCUCCAUCGCUGUCUCUCCAAGGCCAACAGUGACGUGGCCCAGUGGAGAAACAAAUACGAGACAGACGCUAUCCAGCGGAAUGAGGAGCUGGAAGAAGCAAAGAAGAAGCUAGCACUGCGUCUGCAGGAAGCAGAGGAAGCAGUGGAGGCAGUCAACUCCAAGUGUUCAUCUCUGGAGAAGACAAAGCAGCGACUGCAGGGAGAAGUGGAGGACCUGAUGAUGGACAUGGAGAGGUCCAACGCCGCCGCCGCCAUCGUGGACAAGAAGCAGAGGAAUUUUGAUAAGGUUCUUGCUGAGUGGAAGCAGAAGUAUGAGGAGGGUCAGACGGAACUGGAGUCAGCGCUCAAAGAAGUGCACUCUUUGGGCACCGACAACUUCAAGAUGAAGAAUGCUUUUGAAGAAUGUCUGGAACAGCUGGAGACUUUCAAGCGGGAAAAUAAGAACCUUCAACAGGAGAUAGUGGAUCUCACUGAGCAGCUGGGAGAAAUGGGGAAAAACAUCCAUGACCUGGAAAAAUCCAGAAAACAGGCUGAACAGGAAAAGUUGGAAGCGCAGACAUCCCUGGAGGAAGCUGAGGCCUCCUUGGAACAUGAGGAAUCCAAGAUUCUGAGAGUCCAGCUGGAACUCAACCAGGUGAAGAGUGAAGUGGACAAGAAGAUCGCGGAGAAGGACGAAGAGCUGGAUCAGAUGAAGAGAAACAGCCAACGGAUCAUCGACACCAUUCAGACCAACUUGGAUGCCGAAGUGAGGAGUCGAAAUGACGCGCUGAGAGUGAAGAAGAAAAUGGAGGGAGACCUCAACGAGAUGGAGAUCCAGCUGAGCCAUGCCAACAGGCAGGCAGCCGAGGCUCAGAAACAGCUGAGGAACGUGCAAGUUCAGCUCAAGGAUGUUCAGAUUCAGAUGGACGAUGUCCUGAGAAGUAAUGAGGACAUUAAGGAGCAGGUCGCUAUGGCGGAACGCAGGAGCAAUCUGGUGCAGGCAGAAAUCGAGGAAGUCCGAGCUGCCCUGGAACAAACGGAGAGGAGCCGCAAAUUGGCUGAGCAGGAGCUGCUCGACGCCGGCGAGAGAGUUCAGCUGCUCCACUCUCAGAACACCGGUCUGCUCAAUAUCCGCAAAAAGUUGGAGGCUGACCUGUCUCAGAUUCAAGGAGAGAUGGACGAUAUCGCCCAAACAGCCCGGAAUGCAGAGGACAAGGCUAAGAAGGCCAUCACCGAUGCCGCCAUGAUGGCUGAGGAGCUGAAGAAAGAGCAAGACACGAGCGCUCACCUGGAGAGGAUGAAAAAGAACGUGGAAACUACUGUCAAGGACCUGCAGCAGCGUCUGGAUGAGGCCGAGAGUCUCGCCAUGAAAGGCGGGAAGAAGCAGCUCCAGAAACUUGAAGCCAGGGUGCGAGAGCUGGAAAAUGAGUUGGAGGCGGAGCAAAGACACGGUUCCGAGGCUGUGAAAGGGGCACGGAAGCUGGAACGCAAGAUGAAGGAGCUCACUUAUCAGUCAGAGGAGGAAAAGAAGACGGCCAUGAGGCUGCAGGAGCUGGUGGGCAAACUCCAGCUGAAGGUCAAAGUGUACAAGAGGCAGGCUGAAGAGGCGGAGGAGCAAGCCAACGCUUACAUGACCAAACUGAGAAAGGUGCAGCAUGAGUUGGAGGAGGCCGAGGCAAGAGCUGACAUCGCAGAAUCCCAGCUCAACAAGAUGAAAGUCAAGAGUCGGGAUAUGACCAAGAGCAAAGACGGCAGGGAGUAGUCAUCAUUGGCAACCACCUUGAAGACAACGUGUGCUGUGAACCACUGUAAAAGCCUGCGAAAUACUCUGAAAAUAAUAUUUAGAUACACGUUUGAAGCCAGUGUGUAUACAAAGUCAUUCUACAUUAAAUCAGUUAAAAUUGAGACUGCGUCAAAAACACAAACAACCAAUAUAUAGUGAAUUAUUUUUCGUUUCCAAAAAGUCCAUAGUCUUUAUAAUCAGAACACCAAUUAAACAUAUUGCUGGCGUUGAUUGGAAGAGUAGUACCUCCAAAAUCAUCACUUUUCAGGUGAGAAAAAAAAACCAGUAUGAACAUUUUAUUGGCUAUUUUCCACAAUUUAAAUUGGUCAAACAUUUCUAAAAAUAACAUAAUAUAGAUUUGUGAAAAAAAAAAUCAAACCAAAUUAUGAGAUGUUUUGAGCCGCCACCAGCAAUAACUAAUUUGGAUACCCUGAAAUACCAAAUAAAUUGUUCAUUUUUUGAAGAUUUCAAGUCUUAUAUUUAUUGGCUUGUCAAAACUUGACUAAUCAAAUUAAAUUAUCUGAAUUAUAAUAUUUAUCCAUUGUGAACAACUAAAACAGCUGCUGGGAUGUCAGAUUUAUGUGAUGAUACCAGGUGCUUAUCUUGAUACUAUUUUGGAGGCUAUGAUAUAAAGGUCCCAAUUACACAGUGGCUUUAAACACAAUGCUUAUAUUCAGUAGUGGAUGUAUGUUGCCCUAAUUGCAAUAAAGUCUGUGAAAAAUA